GAAUAUGCCCAACAGACUUAUCAACGAGACCAGCCCCUACCUGGUGCAGCACGCCAACAACCCGUGGACUGGUAUCCCUGGGGAGAGGAGGCCCUGCAGAAGGCCCGCGAGGAGGACAAACCCAUCUUCCUCAGCAUCGGCUACUCGGCGUGCCACUGGUGCCACGUUAUGGAGCGGGAGUCCUUCGAGAACGACCAAAUCGCCCUCAUAAUGAACGAGCACUUCGUCAACAUAAAGGUGGACAGGGAGGAGCGACCGGACCUGGACUCCAUCUACAUGGGCGCAGUGCAGGCCAUGACCGGACGCGGCGGAUGGCCCAUGUCGAUGUUCCUGACACCCACAGGCGAGCCUUUCUACGGCGGCACCUACUUCCCGCCGGAGGACCGCCACGGGAUGCCCGGCUUCCCCAGAGUCCUCAUGGCGCUCGCCGAGACGUACCGGAACCGACGCGCCGACAUCGCACGGUCUGCUGAAGAGAUAACAACCGCUAUGCAGAGGUCGGCCGGCUCGGCUCAAGGCAUGGAACCACUGACCAGGGACGUGCUCGCCUCCGCCUACAACGGCCUCAGGGACAAGUUCGAUGCAGAGUACGGGGGAUUCGGAACGGCGCCCAAGUUCCCCCAGCCUAUGGUCCUGGAGUUCCUCCUCAGAUACCAUCUCCUCAGCGAGCAGCCGCAGGCGCUGAACAUGGUGGAUGUCACUCUGGAGCGCAUGGCCCGGGGAGGCAUCUACGACCAGCUUGGAGGAGGGUUCCAUCGCUACUCCACAGACCCCUUCUGGCUGGUGCCCCACUUUGAGAAGAUGCUGUACGACAACGCCCUUCUCAGUCGGCUGUACCUUCACGCGUACCAGGCUACCGGCAAUCCCUUUUACAGAGACAUUGCCCAGGAGACCCUGGACUACGUGCUGAGGGAGAUGACCCAUUCGGAGGGAGGCUUCUACUCGUCCCAGGACGCCGACAGCGAGGGCGAGGAGGGUAUAUUCUUUGUCUGGACGCCGCACGAGAUGGAGAGGAUACUGGGGCCCCAAGACGCCGCCAUCCUUCAAGGGUACUUUGGCGUCACAUACGAGGGCAACUUCGAGGGUCAGAACAUUCUGCACACGCCUCAAACGCUUGCCGAGUUCGCCCAUGAACAUGGCCUCCCGGUAGAGGAACUGACGGACGUCGUGGAGCGCGGCAAGAAGCUGCUGCUGGAAGCCAGAGUCGAGCGAAUCCCGCCGGCAACGGACGACAAAGUCCUCACAUCGUGGAACGGCCUGAUGCUGCACAGCAUGGCCCUGGGCGCGGCCGUUCUCAAUCGGGAGGACUACCUGCGUGCGGCGGUCGCCAACGCCGACUUCAUCCUCGCCAACAUGAGAGACGACGGGCGGCUGCUCCGCACCUACAAGGACGGCGAGGCCAAGCUCAAGGCAUACCUGGAGGACUACGCCCACCUGAUAGACGGCCUCAUUACGCUGUACGAGGCAACCUUUGACUCGCGCUGGCUCAGCGAGGCCGACGCUCUGGCCCGGCAGAUGAUAGAGCUGUUCUGGGACGACGGAGACGGCGUGUUCUACGACACUGGCAUCGAUCAUGAGACGUUUGAUAGUCCGUCCCAGGGACUUCAGCGACAACGCCAUGCCCUGCGGGAGCUCGGUCGCAUCGGACGUGCUUCUGCGGCUAAGCCUCUUCACGGGAGAACCCGACUACGGCCGAAAGGCCGCCACGGCCCUCAGAUCCGUGCGGGAGUACAUGGCCCAAGUCCCGGAGGGGUUCGGGCACUGGCUGGGCGCUCUCGAUUUCUACCUGGCAUCUCCAAAGGAGAUAGCCAUUGUGGGUCCAACCGAGGACGCGGUCGCGAAGGCGCUGCUUGA